AUGGAGGCCGCCGGGGACGCUCGCCGCUGCCCUGGACGGGCGCUGCUGCUGCUCCCACUGCUGCUGCUGCUGCUGCUCCCCCCCCGCGGGCUUAGGAGCGCCUUCGGGGCGCCGGGGACCCAGCCUUGCUCUGUUGCCCGCUGCCCGGAGAGCCUGACGUGGGCCGUGCGCCUGACCGGUCCCGAGGAGGAUCUGGACCGGCUGGCCGAUGACUUGGCCCGCGAGGCCCGUCUAGUCAACGUGGGCCGAAUCGGCGAACUGAAGGGCCACUACCUCUUGGCCUACCGGCCUGCAAGCGCCUCCGACCCGCCUCCCGGAGCGGUCCGGAGGGCUGCCGAGGCCCUUUUCGCGCGGCACGCAGGCGUGGGGUGGCACGCGGCUCAGCGGCUCCUCAAGCGCUCGAAGCGCGCCCUGCACUUCAACGACCCCAAGUUCCCCCAGCAGUGGCACCUGGACAAUCGCAAGAGGCCUGGGAUGGACAUCAAUGUGACAGGCGUGUGGGAGCGGAAUGUGACGGGCCAGGGGGUGACGGUGGUGGUGGUGGAUGAUGGUGUUGAACACACCAUCAAGGACAUCCAGCCAAACUACAGCCCGGAAGGCAGCUACGACUUGAACUCCAAUGAUCCUGACCCCAUGCCCCACCCCGACGAGGAGAACGGCAACCACCAUGGGACCCGCUGUGCUGGGGAAAUUGCAGCCGUGUCCAACAACAGCUUCUGCGCUGUGGGCGUUGCCUUUGGGAGCCGGAUUGCAGGGAUCCGCGUGCUGGAUGGGCCCCUCACAGACAGCCUGGAGGCCGUCGCCUUUAACAAGCACUAUCAGAUCAAUGACAUCUACAGUUGCAGCUGGGGCCCAGAUGAUGAUGGCAAAACAGUGGAUGGCCCCCAUCAGCUUGGAAAGGCCGCUCUGCAGCAUGGCGUAAUUGCUGGCCGGAGGGGCUUCGGCAGCAUCUUCGUGGUGGCCAGUGGCAAUGGGGGACAUCACAAUGACAACUGCAACUAUGAUGGCUACGCCAACUCCAUCUACACAGUCACCAUUGGCGCCGUGGAUGAGAUGGGCUACAAGCCAUUCUAUGCGGAGGAGUGCGCCUCCAUGCUGGCCGUGACCUUCAGCGGAGGUGACAAGUUGAUGAGAAGCAUUGCAACAACAGACUGGGAUUUGCAGAGGGGGACGGGCUGCACAGAAGGGCACACGGGCACUUCUGCCGCAGCACCCUUGGCUGCCGGACUGAUUGCCCUUAUGCUGCAGGUGCGCCCCUGCCUCACCUGGCGGGAUGUCCAGCAUAUCAUAGUCUUCACUGCCACUCAGUACGAAGACCAUCGUGCCUGCUGGGACGUCAACCAGGCUGGCCUAAGCCACAGUCACCAACAUGGAUUCGGACUGCUGAAUGCCUGGCGGUUGGUCAACGCAGCCAAGGUCUGGGAGUCUGUCCCUUAUCUGGCCUCCUACAUCAGCCCCCUUCUGAAGGAGAAGAGAGCCAUCCCCCUGGACCCGGGGCAGUUGGAAGCCACCUGGAACGUGACUGAAGCUGACCUGGAGCUGUCGGGGUUGAAGACGCUGGAGCACGUGGCCGUGACGGUGAGCAUCACCCACCCACGCCGUGGCAAUCUGGAGAUCCACCUCCUCUGCCCCAGCGGCAUGGACUCCCUGGUUGGGACAGCACGCAGCAUGGAUUCAGAUCCCACUGGCUUUGUGGACUGGACCUUCUCCACUGUGCGCUGCUGGGGCGAGGAGGCCCAGGGCACCUAUCGGCUGACAAUCCGUGACAUGGGCGAUGAGACGCAGAGAGCGGGCAGGCUGGACCAGUGGCAGCUGACCCUCUACGGCUCAUCGUGGACCCCCUCUCAGAUCCAGGAGCGGCAGAGGCUGCUGGAGAAGGCGAUGAGUGGCCAGUUCCUGAACAGGGACUUUGCCUUGCCUUGCCCCCCGGGCCUCCGGAUCCCCGAGCAGCAGCCCUACACCAUCACUGCCAACACCCUCAAGACUCUGAUGCUGCUCGGUUGCUUUGCUGUCUUUUGGACCUUCUACUACAUGCUGGAAGCAUUCCUGACGUGCAACAACGUGGCCUUUGAUCUCCCAGCUCGCAGCUGCCGGGCCUCCAAGAGCCUGGAAGAAGGAGCUGUGAUGGAUCACACAGUGCCCCUGCGCAAGGAGGCCGAGGCCGCGCAACCAUCCCCGGGCCUGCGAGGCCUGGAGGACAGCUGGGGAUCUCAAGGUCCUCACUGGGGAGAGGAUUGCUAAACCUCAUGGAGGUUUACCUCGGUCAUGGC